CAAUCCUAACAAAACGCAGAAACAGACAGACCUCUGUAUGAAACUCGAGAAUACUGGAAAACACUGCGAUAUCGAUUUGUUUCGGGAACAAAACAGGUGUUGCAAUCCAAUGCAGCCGAUCGUCAAUUUUGUCCACUUUUCAAUUCACGCUAACAGUGGUGUGUUGUACUUGUAGACACUCCCUGCCUGUGGUGCGAUUCGGUGUUGUCAUUCAGAGUUGAACAUUUGAUCAAAGGGCAAUGGCAUCUCUCGUCCGGUCUACGCUGAUGAAAAACAGGGGCUUGUGGCUGCCGGGUUUCAACGCGGUACGAGCGAUGUCAGCGCAGGCGGGCCCCACCCCACCGUUUUCCACCUUGUCCGUGAGCCACCCGGCCAACGCGAUCACCCACGUCGAGCUGCACCGUCCGGAGAAGCGCAACGCCAUGAACCGAGCCUUCUGGAGUGAGAUGGUGGAGUGCUUCUCUCAGAUCGCUGUGGACGCAGAAUGCCGGGUCGUCGUGGUAUCGGGAGCCGGAAAAAUAUUCACAGCAGGGAUUGACCUGAUGGACAUGGCAAGUGACGUCCUGCAGCCAGGGGGAGACGACACGGCGAGGACCUCCUGGAACCUGCGCCGCAUCGUCACGAAGUAUCAGGAGACCUUUAGUGUCAUAGAGAAGUGUCCAAAGCCUGUGGUGGUAGCAGUGCAUGGAGCAUGUGUGGGAGGGGGAGUGGACCUGAUCACAGCCUGUGAUAUCCGGCUUUGCACACAGGAUGCUUGGUUCCAGGUGAAGGAAGUUGACAUUGGCCUGGCAGCAGAUGUGGGGACACUACAGCGUCUUCCCAAAGUUAUCGGUAGCCGCAGUCUGGUGAACGAGCUGGCACUGACAGCCAGGAAGAUGUACUCGGAUGAAGCCAAGAGCUGCGGACUGGUCAGCCGGGUGUUUGCAGACAAGGAGGCCAUGAUGGCGGGGGCUCUGGAGCUGGCUGGGGAGAUAGCAGCCCGCAGUCCGGUCGCUGUGCAGGGAACCAAAAUCAACCUCAUCUACUCCAGAGACCAUAGUGUAGCAGAGGGCCUGGAUUACAUGGCCACGUGGAACAUGAGCAUGCUGCAGACGCAGGACGUCAUGAAGUCGGCUCAGGCCGCCAUGGAGAAGAAAAGCCCGAAGGAAGUGCCUUUCUCCAAACUCUGAGAGCCACUGAGACGGAGAGGAGGGCCAAGCAGGGCCGGAGAGCAGGGAAGGGAGCAGCGAAAGGAACACGCCCAGAGCCUCCUAACACACAGACACCGCUGCUUCCACAGGCGUCCUCAAAGACAAAUUGAUGUGCUGUUAAGACCAGAGGUGUCAGCGAGAAGGGGUUGCUGGAUUCGGUGGGCAGUUUGCCCCAUGACAGCACCAUCCAUCAGUGGCUAUAACCAUCGUGCACCUCUCAUGUACGCCACUGUCAGAUCAACUCACCUGUGACUAAUUUGUUGUGCUUUAAAUGUACAAAGAAAUAAUGUGAAAUGUAUUCUUUUACAAAUAAACUGUUGUCUGGUAGAA